AUUGCAAAUUGGUGUGGCUUGUAGUUGUGGGUCGUUGUUGUUUGCCAGUUUCUGUCAGUGUUCCAUUUAGUUCUUGACCAUGAAUCCUCAGACAUCAACCAACCAGUCAGUACCACCCUUGGUACCAAUUACAUCAGGUUCAGCUGUUCAAGGAAGUGGAGGAGGAGGAGGUGUUCCCAAAGCAGCUGUACCCUGUAAAACACUUCAGGAAACCAUCAAGGCCAUUGAAACUCAGAUUAACAUUAUGGAGAAGAUUGGUCAGCUUUCAUCAAAGCAAGAAGGUGACUUGACUAAGCUUCGCGAACUUCAUCAGAAGGCUUUGCAGGAACAAGAGAGGCUCCGAGUUGAGAAGAUGCAUGGUAGUAUGACCCCUAUUCAUCAGCAACCCAACUCGGCUACACAGGCAAUCAAGUCUAUAGCAUCUAGCAGCAACAACAACAGCAAUGUUCAGCUUGGUGCGAGUAGUAGCAGUAGUAGCAGCUCUCACUCACUGCAGCAUUCGUCAUCUAGUAUACGUGAUACGCCUAGAGAAUCCCCCAUCUCAAUGUCUAUAGGAGCCGGUGGGGAUACAGGAGGAGAUUCAUCUAAGAUCCUGAACAAGAAGAAGAUCCAAGAUCUUGUGAGAGAGGUUGAUCCAAACACACAGCUUGAUGAAGAUGUUGAAGAGAUGUUGCUUCAAAUAGCUGACGAUUUCAUAGAGAACAUAGUGACUGCAGGCUGUCAGUUGGCCAAACAUAGAAAGUCUUCAACCCUUGAAGUCAAAGAUAUCCUUAUGCAUCUAGAGAGGAAUUGGAACAUGUGGGUACCAGGCUAUGCACCAGAAGAGGCACCCAAAUCUCACAAGAGACCAGCAUCUACAGAGGCGCAUAAGCAAAGAAUGGCUCUUAUACGAAAAACACUCAAGAAAUGAACAACAUUGGAAUAUGUUGCUUUUGAUAUAUGAACUGUGGUGAGAGACAAUACCUGCAGACACAAUAUGAACAGAACUUUUCAUAUACUAUGGUAAAAGACAACUCCAUUCAGAUAUGUGUACAUAGGUGAUUAUGUAUCGUCAGAGAAUAGGCCUUCUAUGUUGCAUGUGGAUAUCAUGGCACGGACCAGUGGAAGCGUCUGAAUCACACGAGAGACCAGCAUCGACAGAGGCACAUCAACAAAGGAUUGCUCAUAACAGUCGAAUAAACAACAUUGCAUUGGAAGAUGUUACUUUCCAAACAUGUUCUGUGGUAAAAGAUAUAUCCUUUCACAUACAUGUAUAUAAUUAUAUAUGUGAAAAUUGAUUUAGGAUGGGUAAUUUCCAUGGCUUGCAGAUAUCAUAUCAGGCUAUGUGCCAUAGGAAGUUUCUACAUGUAAAUUUCACAACAGACACCAGCGACAGAGACUUAGAUAAAAAAGAUGGCUCUCUUAUGAAAAACACGAACUAUAUUUGAACAUAUCCAUUCCUUUUAAAAUAUGGUGAAAGACAGUGUAUUUCAGAUACUAUAUAGACCAAGCCUUUCAGAUUUUAGAGAGUUUUUGCAGUGGCGCAGAAUGAAUCCUACAGUGUAGCAAAUUCAUUGAAAUGUAAGUCAAAUCACAUUGAAGUCUUUGCUGAGGGUCAGUGAAUCUAAACAGCUGUUUCGUCUGACUCUGGACAAACUUCAUAUUUGCCAUUUUUCGUCAGCUCUGAAACAUUGGACGAAACUGCUUUUCCAAUUCACCGACACUUGACAAAGAUUUCAUUGUCGUUUGACUUGCAUUUUCACUGCAUUUGCUGCGUUGAAGGAUUGAUUUUGCGCCGCUGUGCGAAAACUCCUUUUUUAUAGUGAAAACAAUGCCUUUGAGAUCCAUGGACAUAGAUGAUUAUGUGGUGAUUGUCGGUCAAUAGGACUUCUCUAUAGCAAUUUGUGUUUAUAUCCUCUAAAGGGAUCAUCCAAUAAUAUGCUUUUCACACUGCAUUUCCUUAACCCAAUACUAUCUUUUUUUUGUUUCAGUCUUUUAACCCCAUACUAAUUGCUUGGCCAGGGUUAAUGCCCAGCUCGUGAAUAUUGAUGAUUUUGCCACACAGAGCGUGACUGUGCAAUUUCGACUUCUGUGAUUGGCUAAUGCUUAGCCCCACUUUUCCAUAGCCUGGUUUCGUUUCACACUGCAUCUCUUAGCACCGCAAUUGACCGAUGUGUUGGCUCAGUUGGUAGAGCGUUCGUCUCACAACCGGGAGGUCUGGGGUUCAAACCCCGGCCGCAUCAGACCAAAAGACGUUAAAAGAUGGGAGUUGCUGCUACCCUGUUUGGCGUUCAACGAUUAAAGGGAUAGAGCCUCGUCGAUCUGGCGCUGCACAGCGGCUGCCGGUCCCACGAUCAAUUGGGCAAAGCAAAUUUUCGGAGUACAGUAUUUCAUUUCAUGUCUAUUUCGAACAAUACCGGUAAAUUAUGGAUUUUCAUUCAUUUUUGUCUCACCUGCAUAGCAGAGUGAGACUAUAGGCGCCGCUUUUCCGACGGCGACGGCGGCGUCAACACCAAAUCUUAACCUUAGGUUAAGUUUUUGAAAUGACAGCAUAACUUAGAAAGUAUAUGGACCUAGUUCAUGAAACUUGGCCAUAAGGUUAAUCAAGUAUUACUGAACAUCCUGCCUGAGUUUCAUGUCACAUGACCAAGGUCAAAGGUCAUUUAGGGUCAAUGAACUUAGACCAUGUUGGGGGAAUCAACAUCAAAAUCUUAACCUAAGGUUAAGUUUUUGAAAUGUCAUCAUAACUUAGAAAAUAUAUGGACCUAGUUCAUAAAACUUAUACAUAAGGUUAAUCAAGUAUCACUGAACAUCCUGCAUGAGUUUCACGUCACAUGACCAAGGUCAAAGGUCAUUUAGGGUCAAUGAACUUUGGCCGAAUUGGGGGUAUCUGUUGAAUUACCAUCAUAACUUUGAAAGUUUAUGGAUCUGAUUCAUGAAACUUGGACAUAAUAGUAAUCAAGUAUUACUGAACAUCCUGUGCAAGUUUCAGGUCACAUGAUCAAGGUCAAAGGUCAUUUAGGGUCAAUGAACUUUGGCCAAAUUGGGGUAUUUGUUGAAUUACAGCCAUAAAUUUGAAAGUGUGUUGGUCUAGUUCAUAAAACUUGGACAUAAUAGUAAUCAAGUAUCACUGAACAUCCUGUGCGAGUUUCAGGUCACAUGAUCAAGGUCAAAGGUCAUGUAAGGUCAAAGAACUUUGGCCACGUUGGGGGUAUUUGUUGAAUUGCCAUCAUAUCUCUAUAAGUGUAUUGGUCUAGUUCAUAAAACGUGGAAAUAAGAGUAACCAAGUAUCACUGAACAUCUUGUGCGAGUUAUAGUAGUUUUCAAAAUCAGCACUGCUGCUAUAUUGAAUCGCGUGAUGCAGGUGAGACGGCCAGAGGCAUUCCACUUGUUUCAUUUUUUCAAUUGUGGUGCUAGCACCUCAAUAACCCGGCUUACCCUGCUUUUUUGCAGGGCCAUAUAGUGCUGUACUAUUUACCGUGCUAGCGCACUUUGCUAAAACGUGUGAAACUGAAGUGGGCUAAGCUUACCCCAGGAAAUUGGUGGGGCUAAGACCCCCCUUAGCCCCACCAAUUCCCUGCGGUUAAGGAAAAUAUGUGCAGUGUGAAAAGCAUAUUUAUAAGAAACUUAUCGCCAUCAUGUCUAAAUACAUGAAAGCUAGAAGUAUGAACAUUUUGCGAUUAAUAUGUAAACGGGUGAUUAUAAAGUUGAACAUCUAAGUAACCUUGGCAAGCAGAAGCCUCUUUGAACUCCUGAGAAUAGUUGUACUUGACUUGAAAUGAAAUCAUGCUAUAUGAGGGGUAAACUGCUCUAUUCGUCUACUGCCAACUCAUCAAUUCCAUCCAUCAACAUUUCGCCUAACACCCAUUUGGUCCAAAAAUCACUUCUUCUAAUAACCAGUUGGUCUUAUACCCAUUUUCUUUUCAUUAAUCUCGCCCAGUUAACACUGAAUCCAAUUAGAGCAAAUGGUUUAUGGACUAAAUGGCUAUUGGACCAACUGGUUAUUAGACAAAAUGGCAAUUAGACCAUGUGGAUAGUGGAUGAACUGAUGGUAGACCAAAAGAUAGUAGACAAGUUGGUCAUUUGACGAAAUGGUACUAGACCAAUCAAAUAAACCAUACAAGGUACCAUUGAUUUCCAAACGAUUAAUGGUAAAAUGGAUUAUCUGGAACUGUUUUCAACACCUUGGAUUAAUAAAAUCAACAGCAAGGUUUGAAUUAAUCCAAGGCUUCCGUAGGCCGUUUUUUGUGCUAAUUUUGGGGAAAAGCUUAUACCUACAUGUAUCAUACGAAUUCAAGAUGUGUUUCAAGAUCAUGUUAAUCAAGUUGUCUUGUACCUGCUCAAAUAUAAAUGUAUGGAAGUAUCCAGAAUUUGUAAUAUUUGUUUUGUAAAUAAAUUGUACAAAAACACCAA